AUGUCAGUUCCAUACUUUAUGGGUGAUAUUAUUGAUGUAAUCAGUUCGGAAUCCGCUCGCAGUGGUCCAAUGAUGGAUAAAUUGACCCAAACUUGCUAUAUUUUGUCGGGAAUCUUUCUUAUUGGUAGUUUAGCAAAUUUUGGUCGAGUCUAUCUGAUACAAUCUGCAGGUCAACGCAUCGUAAGAAAUAUUAGGCAAUCACUUUUUGGUUCUGUUGUAAAGCAAGAGAUUGCAUUUUUCGAUAAAACUCGUACAGGGGAAUUAAUUAACAGAAUGUCUACAGAUACAUCAGUGGUCGGCUUAUCAAUUACCAAUAAUCUCUCAGACGGCUUAAGAGCGCUUAUGCAAGUUAGCAUUGGAGCUUCAAUGAUGAUUUACGUAUCACCUUACCUAGCUACUGUUGGUAUUGGGAUGGUUGCGCCAUUAUCAAUUGUUCUCAUCUUAUACGGAAGAUAUUUAAAAACUUUAUCCGAGAAAACCCAAAAUGCUUUAGCUGCAUCAACUGAGAUUGCCGAGGAAAAAAUUAGCAAUUUCACUACUGUGCGAGCAUUUGCGAAUGAAAUGAAGGAAUUGACAAGAUAUGGAGAAAAAAUCGACAAAGUUCUUCAUCUUGGCAAUAAACAGGCUUUUGUAAAUGGUACUUUUUUUGGCUUUACUGGAUUUUCCGGUAACCUUCUACUAUUAGCUGUACUAUGGAAUGGGGGAAUGAUGAUGUCGCAAGCGCAAUUAACUGUCGGCCAAUUGACAUCCUUCUUAUUAUAUUCCGGCUAUGUUGGUAUUGCGAUAGCAGGAAUGAGCUCAUUUUAUUCUGAACUUAUGAGAGGAGUCGGUGCCAGUACUAGAUUAUGGCAGAUUAUUGAUCGCAAACCCAAAAUUCCCAUUGAUGCCGGAAUUAUACCGGAUAUUUCAAUCCUUAACGGAGAUAUCGAUUUUAAGAAUAUUGGCUUUUCCUAUCCCUCAAGAUCAAAUGAUGUAAUAUUUAAAAAUUUGACUCUCAACGUUCCAGCUGGUUCUAUAACUGCAGUUGUUGGUGCUAGUGGAAGUGGAAAGAGCACAUUAUCAUCGCUGUUGCUACGAUUUUAUGAUCCAGAUAUCGGACAAGUAUUGAUAAAUGGUGAAGAUAUAAGGUCAAUCAAUCCUGGUUGGAUUCGUAGUAAUGUAGGCUUAGUUAGUCAGAAUCCAAUCUUAUUUUCUACAACAAUCUAUGAAAAUAUUGCUUACGGUACCCAGGAUGCCAAGUCGAUCACUGCUGAAGAAAUAAUAUAUGCUGCCAAGCAAGCUAAUGCUAUGCAAUUUAUAGAUCGAUUUCCAGACGGGUUACAAACUGUUGUUGGUGAAAGAGGUCAAUCUCUUUCAGGUGGUCAAAGGCAGCGAAUUGCAAUUGCCAGGGCACUCAUUAAGAAUCCACAAAUCUUAAUAUUGGAUGAGGCUACGAGCGCAUUAGAUGCGGAGAGCGAGUACUUGGUUCAAGACGCUUUGCAAAGGCUGAUGGUAAAUAGAACAGUUAUUACAAUCGCUCAUCGACUAUCCACAAUUAAACACGCGGAUCAGAUUGUGGUCCUUAAUGAAGGCAAAAUUGUUGAAAGGGGCAACUAUAAUGAUUUAAUGCAAUUGGAAAAUGGUGUAUUUAAGAAGCUAAUUGAAAAGCAAUCAAUUCUUAUUGAAAAUUAA